GGGCAGCUGUCAGUCAAUAAUGUGGAUCGCCCUGCUGUAUCUGUGCGGCCUGGGGCUGGCGAUGGCCACCGGUAAAGAGUUUGACACGGCCAACUUCUAUCUGUACACCCCGGACAGUCCCGACCAACCCCACAGGCUGUACACGAACGAUUCGGAAUCGGUUCUUGCCUCGAACUUUGAUGCGAACCUUCCGACAAAGGUCAUCGUACAUGGCUGGAGCGUAACGUAUGUGGAGGAGCCAGUCAGCCAGCUGCGCACCGCCUACCAGGCCCGCGGGCAGUUCAACAUCAUCGCCGUGGACUGGGCUGUGAUUGCAGCAAUGAAGUACGUGGAGGCCAGGCCGCUGGUGCCGGGCGUGGGCAAGGAUGUGGCACAUUUCCUCUACUUUCUGGCCGACGAAUUCAGCCUGGAUCUGUCGCAAGUGGUGAUGGUGGCCCACAGCAUGGGCGCCCAUGUGGCCGGCUUCUGUGGCAAGGAGCUGCACAAGAUGAGCGAUGGCCAGCAGAGUCUCGGCUAUAUUGUGGCCUUGGACCCGGCCCUGCCGCUGUUCCGUGUACCCCUUGACACCGCUCGUCUGUCCAGCAGCGAUGCCGACUAUGUUGUCGCCAUUCACACAAACGGACUGGUCAAGGGACAGAUGACGCCGAUGGGCCACAGCGACUUUUAUGCCAAUGGCGGCACGAGGCAGCCCGGCUGCGGCUUGGACCUGAACAACAGCUGUGCCCAUGCCCGUGCCGUCUUGCUCUACGCGGAGGCAGUGCAGCGUGUUUCACGCUACACGCCCUACGCUCAAUGCAGCGCCUACGCUCAGUUGCUGCUCCUGGGUGGCACCUGCGAUGGCCUUGCCCCGACGAGCGUGGCGCUGGGUGAUCCGCUAGAGAUUGGCCGCACAGAGGGCGUCUAUAGCUUCAAAACACUAGCGGAGAGUCCAUACGGGCAGCCGUUCUAACUAAAGUGCAAUAAA